AUGGCUGGUAAAGUUUACUUCAGAAUCUUGCAUGUUGCUGUUUUUAUCUUGUUUGUUGUAGGCGUAAGCGGUCUUUGUACCCAGCACUGGUUUGAGCACGGAACGAGGUGUUACAAGACUGAUAACAUUACACGAACCUGGAAUGAUGGAGCCGCCUACUGCGAUGGACUUGGCGGGGAACUCUUAGUGAUAGAGACAUUGGAGGAGAAUGAAUUCAUCCACGGGUUAUUAAAAAAUCAAAGCAAGGAGUGGGCUUGGCUGGGAUGCAGUGAUAUAUCUACCGAGGGCCAGUGGGUGUGCUACAAAGAUGCUGCGAGCGGUUUGCCGCUCAAAAACUGGGCAACAGAUCAACCGAACAACGCUCAUGGAACCGACCACUGUCUGGCUAUUCACAGCAAAGAUGGCAAGUGGUCUGACUCAAAUUGCGAUGUACAGUUCGUUUACACUGUAUGCGAAACCACCAGUGUUCAAAGGAAGGGCGAGGUCGUCACCGCUUCAUCGUCGGCUACUCCCAUAUCUUGCUACACUCUUGGUUCAGAUGGCCGUCUGCGAGUGUAG